AUGGGCCGUGACGGCGAAGAUUCCAAUAGCAACGUAUUUGUUUCCUUCAAGCAGCAUCUUGACGACAAAAUCACUUCUGGGUUCAACACCAUCUUGGGCUUGACAACUGUGACCCCGCACCGGCCCGAAAGCAGCACGUCCCCGCCGUCUACCUCGCCUCACACGAUGGAACUCGAAGAGCGGCGACGGCACCAAGUCGGCUCCGACGUCUCCCGCCUCGUCACCUCUGCCGCCUACUCUCCAGUGACCCUUCGCCACCUCCCGCAGCCCAUACCCAACGACAUCCCCCACGAGCUUGACUCUGCCGUGUUCACCUUUGAGGAUGCCUUCGAAGACCUACUAGUCGCAUCGCAAGGCCUGCCGUUGCCGGACAUCCGUACUCGACAUGAGCAGCGAACGCUCCUCCGAAAGAUGUUCCCCUCGGGCGAGCCCGCCUGGUUUUGGAUUCGCAGGUUAGAAUCCCAGGGACUCAUCGCAGGUCCGAUAAACGGCAACUACCCCGGGGACCGUCGCCCCGACUGGGAGAGCUUCCACCGAGAACUUGAUAGGAGGGCUGGAUAUGUUUGGCGCCAUGCCAUGGGCGAAAACGAGAAUGAGCCGCAUGGUGUCUGGGAUUUCUUCCGCGAGCUGGACAGACCGUUGAAACGGCUAGAGCAAACCUUCUCGGGCAGCACAUCGUCUCGGGAGGGCGUCGACGCCAAAGCUGAAGUGCGUCAGCAAAGGGAGACGGAGACGUUCGAUGACCUUUUCGAAUCCGUCUCGUCUACACUGUCACGCGACCAAAAGUCCUGGGAUGCAUUCGUUAAGCAAAUCCUGAACCAAAACGCUGGUCACGGAGAGCGCCCUGCUUUGAAUGGGCAAGACGACACCAAGCAGGUCGAAACUCGCAGCGAACACGUCGACGAAUACGGCUACCUGCACAGCACCGUGACCCGCAAGACGCUGGACAAGGAUGACGUCGAAAUUGGACGUCAGACCUUUGUCACCGUGCGUCCGGCCGAGAGCUCGGCUGACAAGAAGCCAGACAGCCACAAGCAGGAAGAGCUAGAUAAUGCGCAGGGCCAUGGAGGCGACGAUGCGAACAAAAAGUCUGGUUGGUUCUGGACCUAA